GGACGCAAUCCGGGCGUCGGCGGGGUGGGGGCAGCGCCCCGGACUCCCAGACCCAGGGCGGGGUGAUCUCGGUUCGCGCACAUUCCCGGGCCCUGAGAGCGGCGCCCGGAAUAGCAGCCCCGGGGCAGAGCGGGGGGUCAGUGCCCGCGCCGCGCCUCCGUCCGAGCCCGCCAAGGUCACCGGGACCGGGCGCUGCACAGCAGCCGGCGACUGCGGGGCCCUGCGCUCCAGUGCGCCGGGCAGUCCCCUGCCGCAGAUCCGCUCCCGCCGCGCGAGGGCGCCCGGGGCCGCCGCCCCUCCUCGCCCCGGCCUGGGCGCGCCCGUGGAGGCCGCAGUGGGAGGGGCCGUCCCAGGCUCCCCGCGCCCGGCACCUCGGGCCCCGCCGCUUCCGCCCGCCCUGCGGCCGCUCAGGGAGCCGGGACGCGCUGCCUGGGCUCUGCGCAGCCGAGUGUCCCUGUGUCACCCAGGCUGGAGUGCAGUGGCCCCAUCUCAGCUCACCGCAACCUCUGCCUCCCGGGUUCAAGCGAUUCUCCUGCCUCAGCCUCCCGAGUAGCUGGGACUACAAGCGUGCGCCACCACGCCCGGCUAAUUUUUGUAUUUUGGUAGAGACGGGGUUUCACUAUAUUGGCCAGGCUGGUCUCAAACGCCCGACCUCAGGUGAUCCGCCUGCCUCGGCCUCCCAAAGUGCUGAGAUGACAGGCCGGGGUCACGAGGAGGGUGUGGAUGGCAAGUGACUUCAUCCCUGCCCCGACAGAUGGAGAAACUAAGGCUCAGAGAGGCAGUCAGCCUCCUCCCCGUCCCUGCUCCAGCCUCAGCAGUGGCCCCUUCCCUCCACGGCCACCCCGUCGCUCAGUCCCACCCCCUCCACCGAUGAGGCCAUGAGGCACCGACUGGACCCAGGCCAGGUCACCCCUUUCUGCCCCACCCCCAAUCCGGAGGACUCUCUGCUCUCUGGGAGCUGAGGGAGCCCUGGGCCCGGGGUACAGCUGGGGGCCUCUGCCAGGGACCCAACUCCUGACCCAGCCCCUGCCGGCCGCACCUUCUGUAGGGUCUCACAGAAUCAUGGACUGAGUCCACCUGGCCCCCACUGCACAGAUGGGGAAAUUGAGGCCUGAGACAGUGGAGUGGCUGGCCUCAGGCCACGCAGAAAGGCCCCGCCUCUUCCAGAACCUCCUGCUCUUCCUGUGGGCCCUGCUGAACUGUGUUUUGGGGCUCAGUGCUCAGGGUCCAGGCGAGUGGACCCCGUGGGUGUCCUGGACCCGCUGCUCCAGCUCCUGCGGGCGGGGCGUAUCUGUGCGCAGCCGGCGCUGCCUGUGGCUUCCUGGGGAAGAGCCAUGCUGGGGAGACUCCCAUGAGUACCGCCUCUGCCAGCUGCCAGACUGCCCCCCAGGGGCUGUGCCCUUCCGAGACCUACAGUGUGCCCUGUACAAUGGCCGCCCUGUCCUGGGCACCCAGAAGAUCUACCAGUGGGUGCCCUUCUAUGGGGCGCCCAGCCAGUGUGACCUCAACUGCCUGGCCGAAGGGCACACCUUCUACCACAGCUUCGGCCGCGUCCUGGAUGGCACCGCCUGCAGCCCGGGUGCCCAGGGGGUCUGCGUGGCUGGCCGCUGCCUAAGCGCCGGCUGUGAUGGGUUGCUGGGCUCCGGCGCCCUCGAGGACCGCUGCGGCCGCUGCGGAGGCGCCAACGAUUCGUGCCUAUUCGUGCAGCGCGUGUUUCGCGACGCCGGUGCCUUCUCUGGGUACUGGAACGUGACCCUGAUCCCCGAGGGCGCCAGACACCUCCGCGUGGCGCACCGGAGCCGCAACCACCUGGCGCUGAUGGGGGGCGAUGGGCGCUACAUCCUCAACGGGGACUGGGCAGUCAGCCCGCCUGGGACCUACGAGGCGGCCGGCACGCAUGUGGUCUACACCCGCGGCCCAGGGCCCGAGGAGACGUUGCACGCAGCCGGGCCCACCUCCGACGACCUGCUCCUGCAGGUCCUCCUGCAGGAGCCCAACCCGGGCAUCGAGUUUGAGUUCUGGCUCCCCCGGGAACGCUACAACCCCUUCCAGGCGCGGGCGCAGGCCCUGGGCUGGCCCCUGCGGCAGCCUCAGCCCCGGGAGGUGGAGCCACAGCCCCCCGCAGCCCCCGCUGUCUCCCCUGCACAGACCUCACCCCUGGCCCCAGACCCCUGCCCACCCUGUCCCGACACCCGAGGCCGCGCCCACCGACUGCUUCACUAUUGCGCCAGUGACUUUGUCACUGUAGAUCCCGAGGUCCCACCUGACCCUCAGCCCCUCUUCUGGCAACGGGGGCAUGGAGAUUUUCGCAGAGUGGAGCCUGCAGCCAGCUCAGCGCCCACCCUGCCCACAGCGUUCCAGGCCCGCGUGCUGGGCCGCCACCGCCAGGCCCAGGAGACCCGCUACGAGGUGCGUAUCCAGCUGGUCUACAAGAACCGCACGCCCCUGAGGGCCCGCGAGUACGUGUGGGCGCCGGGCCGCUGCCCCUGCCCGAUGCUGGCACCCCACCGGGACUACCUGCUGGCUGUCCAGCGCCUCGUCAGCCCCGACGGCACACAGGACCGGCUGCUGCUGCCCCACGCCGGCUACGCCCGGCCCUGGAGCCCGGCCGAGGACAGCCGCAUACGCCUGACUGCCCGGCGCUGUCCUGUCUGAUCCCCCAGGAACCCUGGCCACACACACAGCAAGAAACAUACAUCUGACCAGGCUCAAAGUCAACGUAUUUCCCCUCUCGCCCUGGCUUCCAGGCUGCUCUGAAAUGUGUCCCACCUGCAGCAAUGUGACUCCCUCUCACACACAGACACCUCUGCAUGCUGCCACUGUCACCGUCACAAGCCGGCAGGCGCUGGUGAGGAAACACUGAGGACACUCUGACUUAUUUCACCUCUCUCCCUGGCUGCCAGGAAGCUCAUGGCUAUUUAUACUCAGAAAGUUGUUUUUUGUUGUUGUUUUGUUUUGUUUUUUAAACAUGGAACGCUUCACGGA